CUUCAGGGCUUUUAGAGUUAGUCUUCCUUUAGCUUCUCUCAUUCGGGUUCGGAUCGACAGUCCGAUGCUUGCCAGGGAUACUCUUUUGGGAAUAUAAUAUAAGAUUCAUUCCAUUCCCGAGACCCCUCGUGCGCAAACCUCCUUCACCACUGCUCGAACCUUGUGAUGGCCCUUUGAGUGUUUAUUCAUUUAUAUUUUAUAUAUCCAUCUAUCAUCGCUUUCUUAAUUGACCGAUUGGUGAUCGCCUGUUCCUCGUCAGAAUGCGCACCGAGGCAUGAUCGGCCUGCUCGUUAUUCGCCCCCGAUCAACUCCCCUCAGACACCUUCCCUCCGUUCCUUAGACAUGCACCUGUGGGGUCUGUUGACUCUCAUCGGCGCGAUCUGGUCAGCUCGGACCGAGGCAUCCCGCGGUCCAUUGACGGCGAGCGCGGAACAACAUUACGGCAAAGUCGUCAACCAUGACGACCCGGACCCCCUGUGGGACAAGUACAGAUUGAACAAGUCGGAGGAGUUCAAGUAUUUUCAUGAACCGGGAAACGACGACAUCCUCGGCCACUAUGACACUCGCUUUUUCACCGAACCCGUAGCGGAUGAGGAGCGUCCGCAGACGAUGACCUAUAUGGUGCGCGCAUAUUUGAACUUCUUCGAGGAAAACGGGUUGGAGACGUGGAUUGCACAUGGAACGUUGCUGGGCUGGUGGUGGAACGGCAAGGUCAUGCCGUGGGACUGGGACAUGGAUACGCAAGUCCCCGAUACCACCUUGUUCCAACUCGCCGACCACUAUAACCAGACAGUCGUGCAAUAUUCGACCAGACACCCCGACGUACAACGGAAUUAUCUCCUCGAUAUCAAUCCCUGGGCUCGUCAACGCGGCAACGGCAUGGGAUUGAACAUCAUUGAUGCGCGAUGGAUUGACAUGCAAACGGGACUGUAUAUUGAUAUCACCGGGUUGAGCAAAAUAGACCCGGACAAGCCGAACCUGUGGCUGGAUAAGCACGAGCACAAGUACCGGACGGAGGAUAUAUAUCCCCUCAGGAAGACCAUAUUCGAAGGAGUGGCGGCCAAAGUACCCUUCGACUACGAUGCAAUUCUGAUCGAGGAAUACGGGAAGAAUUCCUUGACUAAUACGCAUUUCCAUAAUCAUACAUGGGUUCCUGAAUCGGAGGAAUGGAUCCCCGAUGAUGAAGUGACCGACGCCAGCAAUGAGGAUAAACAGUACGAGUAGGGCGACCCUACGAUCGUCAUACUCUCUCUACGUUGAUUGCGGUUGUAUAACCUGGCCUAUAUGCGCACACGCAGAACUUUGA